AAAUGUCCAAGAGCACAAGGGUCAUUCUACAGACCAUUCAAUGUUUUGACCUGAGUUAAUACCAGAGAAAUGCUUUAUAUUCUGAUCUGGCGACAUAGACUAUUUAUGAUCAGGUGAACGUUAUCAAAUAAAUCUAUGUACAAAGAUUUAUGAGGUCAUUUACGAGUUACAGGAAUUUCCUCAAGCAAUGUCCAGGCUGACUCAUAUGUGCUGUAAUCAGGAGGGGGUUGAGGGUCCAGCAGGGUUUAAAAGCAUGUGAGUAUGAAGACUUAACACUGGAUAGGAGAAAACUCACAGUGAAAACCUGCAGCCACACCGGCCCUUUGCUGAUAAGAUUGGACAAACUGGUCUAUACAAAAAGUAACACAUGUUGACUUCAUGUCAAACGUUCAAGUUUGCAUAAAAUUAUACUUCAGUUUGAUUUCUGUCCAGGUGCAGAACUGAUCUCUGUUGAAGGUUUUUAUUGUUGGAAAAGCCUCGGAAAAAAUGACACUCAGAGUGUUUCUGGCUCUAGUGCUCCCCCUGCUGGUAGGAAGCACCCCAGUUUCUCAGGAACUGUUCCCGACAGACUGCUCUGACGUCUACACUAACGGACAAACACUGAGUGGAGUUUACAACAUCCACCCUGCAGGUGACACACCUGUACAGGUGUACUGUGACAUGGGCUGUAAUGGACAGACAGAGGAUGCAAAGUGGACGGUGAUUCAGAGGAGAAUGGACGGCAGUGUGAACUUCUACAGACCAUGGGAGCAGUACAAGAAAGGAUUUGGGAACAAAUAUGGAGAAUACUGGCUGGGAUUGGAGAACCUCUACCAGCUCACCCGCAAGAGGAAGUAUGAGCUGAGAGUGGACCUGCAGGACUUUGAGGGAGUGAAGGUUUACGCUCAGUACUCUACUUUCUCUGUGGAAUCUGAAACUGAUGGCUACAAACUGCAUGUUGAUGGAUUCAUCAAUGGAGGAGCAGGUGACUCACUGGCACUAUCAAAUGGACAGAAGUUCUCCACCUUUGACAAAGACCAGGACACUACUCAGGAUCAACACUGUGCUAAAUCCUACCUUGGAGCAUUUUGGUACAAUGCUUGCCAUCAUGCUAACCCCAACGGUAUCUAUCUGUGGGGAAAGGAUGGCACCCUUUUUGCUAUUGGAAAUGUGUGGUACCACUGGAAAGGCUAUGAUUAUGGUCUCAAGUCCAUCAGUAUGAAGAUCAGGCCUGUGCCUUAGAUGGGUAUACUUUGUUUUAUUUUGUUUUUUUUUUCUAUUUAGCAUGUAAUAUUUGCAGGUAGACACAUAGUUAUAAUAAUUUUCCUAAGAAGAAUGUUGAAAUCUGUGUAAAUAUUAUACAUAUAUAUAUAUAUAUAUUAUAUAUAUAUAUAUAUAAUUAUUAAACACUAUAUAUAAUAUAUGAUAUAUAUAAUAUAAUAUUAGAUUAAAUAAUAUUACAUAUUAAAUUUUGCUCUGCGCAUGCUUGUACCCUGAGCUCUUUUAUUAAGAAGAGUUUAACAUUCUCAGAAUCUUAAUUAAUGAAGUACUUAUGCUGCAUUUUCUGUUUGAAUAUUUGUUUAAUGCUCACAAGGCAUUUUUUAUAUUAUUAAGCAGAAAAUAGUUUGCAUAAAUAUUUAUUAGUAAUAACCAAACAUCCAAGAUCACUACCUGACCUCACUUAUGCUCUUGUGGCUGAAUGCAAUCAAACACUCACAGCACUGUUCUAACGUCUACUGUAAAACCUGCCCAGAAAGUGGAGGCUGUUACUGCAGCAAAGCUCACUAUGAAGACCCUUGAUUUGAAAAGCAGGUGUCUACAAACAUUACACAUAUUGCUACGCUUUACUGGAGGGAUUUGUACUGAUACGUAUGUGGACCUCAAUACUGACCAAUAUGUCAGCAAACCAAUCUACUAGUCAAGGCCCUAUUUAUCAAGUUAUAGUAUAAACCAUUGCUUUUAUCUAGUUACAUAAAAACAAUGGUUUACCUGCAUUAAAGAAAAUAGACUACAUCUAUACUGUUGAUUAAAAAGCAGCCUUUGAUGUGUGUUGUGUAAACAUACUGCAAAUUAAACAUGUUAAUACACUGACCUGUACUUAUAUAUGUGCUAUGAAUGCAGCCUAGCAUGCAUAUUGUUUCCUAGCAGUCUUCCAGAAAUGGCAUGUGACCUCAAAAGAGAAUUGAAUUGAUUUUUUAAAGUUGACUCAUAAUUUAAUUGCUGAUAUGUAAACAGUCAGAGUGGUUUGAUGUGGAAGGCGUUCCAGAGAAGCUUAGAGAAACUAGAGAAACUAGAGAAACUAGAGAGAACUGCUCACAGAGGUGGUGAUACAGUGAACCAGACAUGUGAAGACCUCACAGAAAGCUACUGCAUGAAAUGGUUAUGAUUACUCUGCCUGAUGCCUGAGAAACUGUUUUAUGAUAUGAGAUAAUGUUCUGGCCUAAAACAUAUUUAAAGGGGAAUUCCACCAACUGUUCUAAAAUUUUGCAUAAAUCAAUGAUCAAGAUUUUGAUGUGAAAUGGUUCAUCGUGGAGGAACUUAUCAGCUCAGAUUUCUUUAAAAUAGUGGGGAUUGGAACCAGGGCUCACAGAAUAUACAACACUAACGUAGCCUUAUUAAUUAUUAAUUAAUUAUUAAUUAAUAAUUGUUCAUAUAAGGUAUUUCAUAAACUUUUGAAAUAUAAAUAUAAUUUUCACUGCUAAAAACAUCUAAAUCAAAACAUAUAUUCUUUAUUUCAGGCAUAGUGCUGUUAUUUUCAUCUGUGAUCACUCCUUAAACUUUGCAGCUGUGGUAGUGUUGCAAAUAAAAACUAUGAAUAUUAAAAUAAAAUUUUAAUUUAGGUUGAACUUAAACUCAUAGAAAUGUGUGGUAUCUUGACAAUACUACAGUUCAUUUCAACUGUUUGAACCUAAGUGUUGCAGAAGAAGUACAGUGAUUAAUACAAUUGUUUUGUCAGCAUACGUAUCUGAGACAAUCCACCAAAAUUAAAAUUUUCAUUUUCUUAACUUUUUGUGUAAGUGUUACAACUUAGAACAGGCCUUGCCCAAUAUAAUGACUUUGGGCUAUGCAACUUGCCCAAAGUCUGAAACAGAAGGGCUUUUCUGAUAAAGUGACCUCUAAUAACAACAGCACUGUUAAUCAGAUAAGUUAUUUACUUCUGUUUCUGUCAGUGUGCUUCAGUGCCCACACUUCUGCUGUUGUGAUUAUGCAAUCUGAUAGUGGUUAUUGAGCAAAGAGCUGGUGUAAGACCCAACAUCAGGGUCAUUCUCAGGCUGUUUUGGCCUGAGUUAAUAUCAAAGAGCAAAGAUUUAUAUGCUGAUUAGGCAACUCAGAAUAUUUAUGUUCAGCUGACCAUUACAGAAGUGUUCAUAUUUAAGCAUAAAUCAUGACAAAUCCUGCCAGGUGUUUUCAUGAGAGACUGUGCCAAUUAGUUACAUCAAGAGUCCAGUUGACUACCUGUAAUCAUAAAAGUCCAGGACUGGACACUGGAUUCUGUCUUUGAAGACUUCUGCCCUACAUUUUUUCUGUAUACAGUCAAAUGCCUCAUUUGGAAAUUUAAGUAAUAGGGUGCACUCUAAAACCAGCAGUAUACACUCAACGGCUAAUGUACAGUGCUGUGAAAAAGCAUUUGUCCCUUCCUAAUUUCUUUUAUUUUUGCAUGUUUGUCACACUCAAAUAUUUCAGAUCAUCAAAGUACUUUUAAUAUUAGACAGAGAUAACCCAAGUAAACAUACAAUGCUGUUUUUAAAAGAUGAUUUCAUUUAUUGAAGGAAGAAUGCUCUUCAGCCCUACCUGGCCCUGUGUUAAAAAGAAAUUACCCUCUUAGCUACUGAAUCAACCAUAUAACCAAAUUCAAUAGGGUUCAGUUUCCCUAGCGACACCCAGGCACGAUUACUGCCAGUCAGCCAUGUAUUUAAACAUCACUUAAACAGAACCUGUCUGGCAAUGUGAAGCAGUCUAGAAGGUCUCAAAAAGCAAUGUUAGAAACAGCAAGACGACCAUGAUAGCAUCUCUCUUUUGGGCCACGAAAUUAGUGAUUCAUGUUUUACUAACCAAAAACAGAUUAGUCCUUUCGAUAUGAAGAGCGCUGGUGUUUAGAGUGAUAGGGACAGUAUUUCUUAACACUACCCCAGUGCCUAGGGGGUCUCCAUCAAGAGCUAAGAGCAAGAAGGACUUUUUUAAGGUUCCACAGGAACGUUCUGCUAUUCCACCACUCUAGUGGCUCCCCUCAGCUCCAGAGUUGAUCAGGGCUGAAAAUAUAGAAGCACUGGUAGACUAACGACAGUGUAUAGUAACCAGGAGGAGACAGGAAACUUGAUGCCAACCCCUUUGUGGGAAUACUCACUUUCUGGAGUGCUGAGAUGUUGUUGGAAACAGUGCUGGUGUGUAAAAACGCAGCUGGGUAUGCAGUAGUUGAUCAAGACAAAUUACAAGAAAGAACCAUUCCUCUAAGGGUCAUCCCUUGUCUGUACAUGCCAACUCUGACUGUAUGUCUGUAUUAAGCCCGUUGUGAAAAGUGAUGAACAAAGCUGGUCCAUUCCUGCCACUCCUGGCUGUGAGAGUUCUGAAUUUUAACACAUAAUCUACUACAGAACAGUUAUCUUAACGUAUCUUAGUGAUCAAUUCACCAUUAAAUCUUUCUAUAUAAGGACAGUCGAAAACAGUCUUUCCUUAUCAAACUGAUCAUAAGUUAGCUGUUGUACAUUCGAGUACAACUUUUCCGGUUAAUUCUAACAGCAUGUUAAACUAACCCUGCCAUGUGGAGGCUGUACUUUAGGCUGGCUAGCUCUCACUGUGAGCUGUUUCUCUGCUUCUAAAUGGUGCUAUAUGACAGCCAUCAAGUUGAAUAUCAAAAUAACAUGAGAAAGUUCUGUCAACUCAGUAAUCAAAUAAAAAAAAUACUGUUUUAUUUUAUUUAUAACGGUAAAUCUGUUACAUUUUCCUCUGUGUUAAGUGGCACCCAGAGCUCCUCUAGUUUGAUUAAGAAGGGUUUCAGGAAACAGUCAUUAAUUAAUGUUCCUUAGAUCUGAAUUACUAAAGUAUAGGUUCCUGCAUUUAGCUGAAGCUAGUAAGCCUGAAUCCUCCACCUCUGACUAGGAAAAAUCAAACAAAACACCCCCUGGGAUUAACUGGGAUUUCCUAUUCAGAAAGUCAGGAUGUUGUUCCCAGAGCUCAGCGUACAUCAAAUCAACAUCACUGCUAACACUGUUACUUUGAGUUGCAUUGUUUACAUCAAUGUUUUUUUUUUUUUGUUCUCAAGACAUUUUCAUGUUGCAAAGUUUUCAGCAGAAAAUAAAUGUCUCACAUAAGUUGAUUCUAUAAGGUAAUGCAUUAACUGUUAUUUUUAAAACAAAUAAAUAAUUCACUGCUAAAAACAAUAAACAUCAAAACACAUACUGUUCAUAUCUUAACUAUAAUGUUGUUACUUUCAUCUAUGAUGACUCCUUAAACAGGUGUGAUAGUGUUGCAAAUACAAUCUAUUAAUAAAAAAAUAAAUGUCA